GGCUCGUGGUUUUCAGCCACUCUAGCAGGCCCUCGAGAGGCCGGGUCCUGUUCCUUCGCGGUCCUAACGCCCGCCGUCCCGCACUAAGGCCUGGGCUCCCGGAAGUUCCGCACGGACAGGCCCGGCCAGGGGAGGCGGCUGGCCGGUGGCCGGGGCUUGCAGUUUCCAUGGCGCCACCUCUGGCCCCGCUCCCCGUCCGGGAGCCAAACGGGGCCGGGCCCCGGUGCAGGAAGCCCGGGGCUGUGAGCUUCGCGGACGUGGCCGUGUACUUCUCCCCGGAGGAGUGGGGGUGUCUGCGGCCGGCGCAGCGGGCCCUGUACCGGGACGUGAUGCGGGAGAACUACGGCCUCCUGGACGCGCUCGGAGGCGGAGGCACCAAGCCAGCGCUCAUCUGCUGGGUGGAGCGAGACUCCGAGCUGUGGGGUCCGGACGCCCAGGAUCCAGCGGCGGCAGCGGCUCGGGGGUAUGGGACAGAUUCCAGAAACCAGGAAGAGGGAGGACGAGGGCAAAGGAUUGAAGCCCUGGAGAAGACCCUUGCUGCGGAUCCCGCGCCUCCAGGGCCGAAGGCUGCCCGAGCGCCCUCUGCUAGGCUUCCUUAUGGCUCGGAGCAGCGGUCCAAGCCGCCUCGCCGGGGCCGCCCUCCACUCGGUGCCCACCCCCCUGUCCCCCGAGCGGACCAGCGGCACGGCUGCUACCUGUGCGGGAAGAGUUUUGCGUGGCGCUCCACGCUGGUGGAGCACCUGAACACGCACACAGGGGAGAAGCCGUUCCGCUGCCCCGACUGCGGCAAGGACUUCUGCCGGGCGUCCGCCUUGAGCAAGCACCGGGCCAUCCACCGCGGCGAGCGGCCCCACCGCUGCCCGGACUGCGGCCGGGCCUUCACCCAGCGCUGGACUCUCACCACGCACCUGCGGGUGCACACGGGCGAGAAGCCCUACCGCUGCGCUGACUGCGGCCGCUGCUUCAGCCAGAGCUCCGCCCUCUACCUGCACCAGCGCGUGCACAGCCGCGAGACCCCCUUCCCCUGCGCCCACUGCGGCCGCGCCUUCGCGCAUGCUUCGGACCUGCGGCGCCACGUCCGCACCCACACCGGCGAGAAGCCCUACCCGUGCCCGGAAUGCGGCCGCUGUUUCCGGCAGAGCUCUGAAAUGGCAGCCCACAGGCGGACCCACAGCGGCGAGCGCCCUUACCGCUGUCCUCAGUGCGGCAGGUGCUUCGGUCAGAAGUCAGCUAUGGCCAAGCACCAGUGGGUCCAUCGGCCCGGAGCCGGGGCCCCCAGGGGCCAGGGGGCCCGUGGGCUGUCCGUGUCCCUGGCUCCUGGCUCUGGGGACUUGGAUCCUCCUGUGGGCUUCCAGCACUACCCAGAUAUAUUCCAGGAAUGUGGGUGAUGGCCUUCAGAAUAACAAGGCAGACAGAGAUGAUCUAGACCUUGACCAGGGUCCCAGAUGGGCUCAAGGGCCUGAACCGCUGCAAGGGGCGGGGCCUCUAGGGAGCUCCCAGAGGCUGAGGCUGUCCUUGGCCCUGGCCAGCUCCAACAGCUUCAACUUCACCUUGCUCCCCGCUGUUGCAGAUUCUAGAAGCCACCCUGUUGCUAAGGCAGGGGUGAGGUGAGACACCCCCCCCCCCCCAAGCCCACCCCGCCCCCUGGGGAGAAAAGCUGUCAUCAGCUCAGAAGCGUUAGGAGCAUCGAGGUGGAGGAGAACCCGUUACCUGUUGUCUUUGUACUGUGCAGGUGACGAAUGGAUGGCCAUGUACAGACCCUGGCCCACGGCCGCCUCCUUUAUUUAUUUAUUUAUUUUGGCCCAGGCAGUAGUUUAAACUUCAGGAAGGAGCGGUGGAGAUUCUGAGUUGGGUAUUUCAUACAAGAACCGAGGUUUCUGGCCUCUCUGGAGAAACCCAAAGGUUGGCAACUCGACCUCUGCUCCCAUGGAACCAUGGCUGGCAGGAACAGAACAGCAGCUCCCCCUAACGCCUCAUCAGUUGGGGGGGGGGUGCUGGACUCAGAGCCGGAGGUCCCCAUUCACUGGGACCCCUCCUGAGCAACAGCUGGCCUUGUAUUUUCCACCUGUCUGUCUGACCUGCUGGGUGUCCGAAGUCGCGGGAGCUGGCGGAGCACCGGGAUAGCAUCCGUGGGUGUGGGCAAGGCUGCCCUAGAGAAGUAAAAGCGGGCUGUGUGCCUCAGAUCUGUGCCUUGGUGCGCGUCCUGUGCAUCAGCUCGUGUCACCCUCAUGCCUGCCUAGGAAAGGAAACCCUAUCAGGACUGAAUCCCGCACCAGCUGGGAUGUGUGCCAGGCUCGGGGACGCCACCUCCCCGGCCCCGUCCUCCUUGGGCCUGCCUGGGAACCCUGUGGCCUGGUGUCCCUCGGCCAUCCUAGACACAGCCAAGAAGGCCUGAUGACCUGUUGAAGUUGAAGGCGACCAUAGCUUUUCUGUUUUCUGUCCUUUUUUUUUUUUUAGCUGGGGACACCCAGACUAGGAAGGGCAGGCUGUCCAAGGUCACACAGUGACCUCCAGGGUGUGUUGUCGCAACUGCUGUCUUCGCCAGCAUCAGCCAGGGCUCUGGAGGCAGCAUCUGCCUGCCCCCUUUAACACUGAGACGGCCCAGCCUGGUGGGAUCUGACGACACAGCCACAUAACAGACUCGGGCAAGGGAGAACCCCGCCUGCAAGGGAAGGCAAAGCUGGCAGCUCCACUCUUUUUUUUUUUUUUUGUCCAGCUGCUGGGAACAGCCGGGCGUGGGCAGACUGUCCUGCCUCUGGGCCACUGCCCCUCAGCAGUAGCAGGGGCUUAGGUCCUCGGCUGCCCGGUGCAUUCUCCCUGUUCAUCCGUCUCGGCCCUGUGUCCCGCCUGUCUUGGGAAGGGCUAUCAACUUAGAGAAACUUCUACGGAAAAAGGGAGUGUGAGAACCCUGAAUCCACACGGGGCCAAGACAUCUCCACCCCCCAGCCCUCACUCUUCCCUGGCGUCAGAAAAACAAAACACAGAGGCGGCGCGCUCCGGAGAGCCUCACCGUUCCCAUAACUGUCCCAGCUACGAACCAGGCCUGGGAAAACGUUCUGUGCCUCUCUGUUCCCAUUGCUGCCUCGCGAAACUCCCCGUGUCAACAGCGUCCUGUCUCACGGCAGCUUGACCCAAGUCUGAAGCCCCAGCCCUACACAUAAGCCUCAAGUUCCUCUCCCUCUGAGGCUGCUCCCGCCAGUUCUUGCCCUAAUAAACUUUCCUUGCUCAGCAUGGUGGUCUUGGCUGUCGUUCUCGGUCACGGUUAAAAAACCUAACGGGGAGAAAACCUGCAUUCCAACCCAGUCUUCACAUCUGACCAUGC